CGCAAUCUUCCUGUGGGUAAGAGGGCUUUGAUACUCUCAGUUACAACAACGAUGUUUGAAGUAGUAUUGCCAAUUCUAGCGUUACAACCGUCAACCUUAUCUCCGGGUGGGGGGAAAGUGCAGGAAAAAGGAGGAAUUCCGCGGUCCGCAACGCAUGAAGUUGUGAGUCGCGACUUCAACCGUGGGAGAAUGAUCCAGGGGGACUAUCCACUCAAUGUGUGCCAUCGGGAAGUCUCCCCCACUCAACAACCGAGUCAUGAUGACAUUUUCCAACAGACGCGCACAUCUGCCUGCCAAUUAGUAUGCAGACAUGCAGAAGCUUCCGUAGUCACAGAUGAGGGCCCUCCAAAACCAUGCGCCGGAAGGGCAAUAUCAUUGACAAUCUUUGACAAUCUUUCGGCUCCAUCACGUCGGGAAAAGUCCCGAAAAUUGCCCCCUCACUUCUGUGGCUGCAGAUGCAAGCAAGACCAGUGUCUGCGACUAACUAGAUUAUUGGGGUCUCGCGCUGUUCCAUUAUCGCGCCAUUUGUUAGUCUUUGACCCCGUCUGUUUGACCCUUUCCCCUCAUUCUUUUUUUGCCCUGGCUUGUUGGUUCAACUUAACCCCAUACCCUCUUGCUCAUCUUCUGUCUCUCCACUUCUCUAUCUAUUUGUUCAUCUCACCCUCUUCUCCCUCUCCCUCCCUCUCUCUCUCUCUCUUGUCCUUUCUAAAUCUAAUGCCAUAUAGACCAACCCCUUCUAGAUCCAAUUAACCUUCGAAGAAGCCAUGAUUGCCAAGAACCCCAACGGAAAUACCGCGGUUAUCCCGCUCCUGAUUAACAACGAGUCCUCUGUGACCGAGACGAUAUUCGACGUUACGAGCCCCGCGACGGGUGAGGUGAUUGACCGUUGCGCCGGAGCAACAGUCGACGAUGCCAACCGUGCUGUCGCGGCCGCGAAGGCCGCCUUCCCUAGAUGGAGCAAGACCAAGCCGUACGAUCGCAGGGAUAUCCUCAUUAGGGCUGCGGACAUUAUGCUCUCCCGGAAAGAAGAAUUGAUUCGGUAUCAGAUGGAGGAGACAGGUGCGGGACGUAUGUUUGUGGAGAAAACCUUUAUGCUGGGAGUCGGGUUCUUGAAGGACUUCGCGGCGCGGAUCCCGUCUAUCGAGGGUACAGUGCCGUCUGUUUCGGAAGAUGGAGAGUGCGCAAUGGUUAUCAAGCAGCCAUAUGGCGUA